AUGCACUUGAUUCCCUCAAUUGCAGAUAUUCAGUUUGCUACCAACACAAUUGAAUGGGGAUCAAAGGCACGAAUCAACCCAUUACAUGUUGCACAGUUUCUUGCAGGUCUCUCUGCAUUGUCACCAGGUGCUAUCCGUCAAGCACUCUGUGCACAAAAGUUCAGCCUCGACACACUAGACGAGGAGAUGAAGUGGACAAACAAGAAGGUCACAGAGUUAGAAGCAGUCAAGGAUUUCCUCGAAGAAGUCCAGAAAAGCAAUGCAGUUUUGUGUGCCGGCCUUUGUUCCCAAGUCAGCCUUAUUGAACAGUACAUGAACAACAACAAUUUGGCUGUCAUCACACCUCCAUCUGAUUGCGGUUCCAAAGGCUCUGUAGGUACAUUUCAGGCUGAAAUUGACAAACCUAGUAACAUAGGCGACCUGGAUUCUGUGGAUGAUUCUGACAAGAGUCCUGAACAUGAUCUUGGUCACGGGUUCUAUGAAGUUGAUGGUGCUGUGCAAUUUAGGGGAGAGGAUGAAUGUUCCAGUGAGGAACUUGAGGAGGCCGAAGAAAUAGGGGGAGGAGGAAAUUAG